AUGGAGGAAGUAUCAAGUGGUUCUGAAAGUGUUGGCUUAAAUGAAGAUCAUAAUGAGAUUGAAAUAGAGAAGGCAAAAAGUGUAGAAGAUCCUAAAGUAGGAAUGUUGUUUGAUUCCAUUGAUGACCUUGUUCAAUUCUAUCAAAGGUAUGCGAAGGAAAAAGGUUUUGGCAUGUGUAUACGAAGCUCUAAAAAAGUAGGAGGUGAGGUGAGGUAUGUGAUAGUUGCUUGUACUCAUAGUGGAAAGCCAAAGAUUAAAUCAAGCAAACUCCAUCAAUUGCAUCCACAAUCAAAAACGGAUUGCAAAGCUAAGAUUUGUGCAAAUCUAUUAGGUGAUGGAAAGUGGAUUUUGAGAUCUAUGGUUCUUGACCAUAAUCAUGGAGUGAGUCCAGGAAAAGCUCGAUUUUAUAGAUGCCAUAGGGUUCUCAAUUCAGCUGUGAAAAGGAGGCUUGAAUUACAUGCUAAAGUCGGUAUUAGAAUGAACAAGAGUUUUAAUUCAUUAGUGGUUCAGGCAGGAGGGCAUGAGAAAUUGACAUAUUUAGAGAAGGAUUGCAGGAAUCAUAUGGAUAGGGUCAAACGUAUAGAACUUGGAGAAGGAGAUGCUACAACAAUGCAUAAUUACUUUUUGAAAAUGCAAGCUGACAAUUCUGAAUUCUUUCACAUGAUGGAUUUAGAUGAAGAAGGCCGAUUAAGGAAUGUAUCUUGGGCAGAUGCAAGGAGUAGAGCUGCAUUUAAAGAGUUUGGUGAUGUAGUUACCUUUGACACAACAUACUUAGUUAACAAAUAUGCAAUGCCAUUCGCUCAUUUCGUAGGAGUGAACCAUCAUGGCCAAUCAACAUUACUUGGGUAUGGAUUGAUCUCAGGUGAAGACACAGAGACCUUUACAUGGCUAUUUCAGUCAUGGCUCACAUGCAUGUCUGGAUGUCCUUCUUUUGCAAUCAUUACGGAUCAAGAUCAAGCAAUGAAAAAUGCUAUAGAGGUUGUUUUUCAUAAUGCACGACAUCGGGGGUGUUUGUGGCAUAUCAUGAAAAAGCUACCUGAGAAAUUGAGAGGUUACAAUCAAUAUGAAGGAAUCAAGUUUUCAAUGAAAAAUGUUGUUUAUGAUUCCUUAACUAUAGGAGAAUUUGAAGAAAGUUGGGGCAAAUUCAUUGAGAAGUAUAAACUUCAAAGCAAUAAAUGGUUAUUUAACUUGUAUGAUGAAAGGCAUCAUUGGGUGCCUGCCUUUGUGAAAGAUACUUUUUGGGCAGGAAUGUCAACCACACAGCGUAGUGAAAGCAUGCAUGCAUUUUUUGAUGGGUAUGUUAAUUCCAAGACCACAUUGAAACAAUUUGUAGAACAAUAUGAAAAUGCUUUGGCAAAAAAGGUAGAAAAUGAGAACAAUGAAGAAUUUAAUUCUUUCAACUCUUGCAUCCCAUGUAUGGUUGGUUAUGAAAUGGAGAAGCAAUUACAGAGUGCUUAUACAACGGAAAAAUUUAAAGAGUUCCAGCGAGAGCUAAUGGGGAAGAUUUCUUGUGAUUUAUCUUCAUAUAAGAAAGAUGCUUACAUUUCAAAAUACGAAGUGGCUGAAGAUAUAUUAUUUGGAGAAAGUCGUCGUCGUGUAUCUUUUAAUGUGUGCUUUGAUGAAGAUACUAAUGGGGUUUAUUGUAAUUGUCGGUUAUUUGAAUAUAGGGGAAUAUUGUGUAGGCAUCAAAUUGUGGUGUUCAUUCACAGGAAGGUUGAUCAAAUACCGGAUAAGUACAUUUUGAAAAGAUGGUCCAAAAAUGUUAAAAUGAGCCAUACAAAAGUGCGAAUCAGUUAUGACAACUGGGCUCUCAAACCUGAAGCACGCCGAUUUGAUAAAAUGUGUAAUGUUUUCUACGAGGUUGUGGAUUUGGCUGCAGUGUCAGAAGAUUGGAGUGAGAAGUUCAUAGAAAGAAUAUGUGAGUUUCGCGUAUGUAUGAAGCAAGAUAGUUGCCGAAGCGAUAAACAAAUUUCUGAGCUGCAGGACAAUGGGAAUAUGCAUGGUGCAAGAGUUGUUGAACUUGUGAAAGAGGAAAAUAUUCACUUUCAUGUCAUCAUCAUCCAACUCCAUCUUGGAGGCCUAGACUUAGAGAUGGGAGGAGUUAUGCAUCCCAACAAUUUCAAUGGAAUGUUGACAAUGAAUGAUAUGGCACAAGCUAAAACUCUAACAUUGCACAAAGAUGACAAAAGUGAAGAGCAUUGA